GACGGUACGCUUCUUUUGUUCACAACAAGCCUGGUAAGGGUGAACUUGGGCAACUUGCUAGAAAUAGUCGAAUUCGAGACACGUUCUGUGUAUUUAGACACUGUUUGUUUUUUAAACACACGCACAUGUCUACGUGUUAACCUGUUUUAUUCCACAUAGUUAGCUAGCUAUUUUAGCUAAUGCUAAACAGCUAAUGUAUUAUAGCUAGCUAACAUCCCCGACCAUGAGCUCAGUAAUUUACUCCCCCACCUUCUAAAGAAGAGGAGGUCUGCUGGACGGAGAAAGAAGCUCCCGUGAAGGAGAAGAAGGAAGAGGAAGCUGUUACGUUGUUUUGUCGGGUAGGUGGCUUGCUAAGUUAGCAUUAGCAACUAACCUAAGGUUAAUUCUAUCUACCUAGUUAACGUCCCCGACCAUGAGUUCACUAAGCUACUCCACCACUUCUAAAGAAGAGGUCUGCUGGACGGAGAAAGAAGCUCUGGGGCUGAACAUUAUCGUAAAAGAAGAAGAGGAUAUUAGAGAGGAAGGUGAAGAAGAGGAGGAUAUUAGAGUGAAAGGAGAGGAAGAAGAGGAUGCAGUGUUCCGAGUGAAGAAGGAGGAGGAGGACGAGGUCACAGUGAAAGAAGAAGAGGAGGAAGAAGAUUUCAAAAUAAUAAAGGAGGAAGAGGAGGAGGCUAUUACAUUGAAAGAAGAGGAUGUUCUAGUGAAAGGAGAGGAAGAACCCUUUAGAGUGGAAGAGGAGGAGACUGAAGAUCUGAUUGACACCAGAGAGAGACCAGAUUCUCAUUCUGACAGCGGGAAGAGUCCUUCAGGGGAACCAGACCCAGAGACGCCCAAACCAGCAAGAAAACAUCACUGCUCCCACUGUGGAAAGAGUUUUUGGUGGUUAGGGCACCUUAGACACCAUAAGAGAACGCACACAGGGGAGAAGCCCUACCCAUGCUCCCAGUGUGGAAAGAGAUUUACCAUGUUAGGAAACCUGAAACAGCAUGAGAGGACACACACUGCAGAAAGGCCGUUUCAAUGUUCCAAGUGUGGAAAGAGUUUUACCUGGUUACGGUACCUGAAUAAGCAUGAAGAAAUACAUACAGCAGGCAGGAAGACCUGCCAAUGCUCUCAGUGUGGAAAGAGAUUUACUACGUUAGGGUACCUGAAAACACACAAGAGAAUACACUCCGGAGAGAAGCCUUACCAAUGCUCCCAAUGCGGAAUGACUUAUAACCAGUUAGGGAACCUGAAAUCACAUGAGAGAAUACACACGGGAGAGAAGCCCUUCCAGUGCUCCCAGUGUGGAAAGAGAUUUACUGGUUCAAAGAACCUGAAAUUGCAUGUGAGAAUACAUCGAAGAAAGCCUUACCACUGCUCCCAAUGUGGAAAGAGUUUCAACCAGAGAGGACACCUGAAACGGCAUGAGAGAAUACACACAGGAGAGAAGCCUUACCACUGCUCCCAAUGUGGAAAGUGUUUCAACCGGUUGAGGGUGCUGAAACAACAUGAGAGAAUACACACAGGAGAGAAGCCUUACCACUGCUCCCAAUGUGGAAAGAGUUUCAACCAGAAAGCAAACCUGAAAGCUCACGAGAGAAUACACACAAGAGAGAAGCCUUACCACUGCUUCCAAUGUGGAAUGUGUUUCAACCAGAGAGGACACCUGAAACGGCAUGAGAGAAUACACACAGGAGAGAAGCCUUACCACUGCUCCCAAUGUGGAAAGUGUUUCAACCGGUUGAGGGUGCUGAAACAACAUGAGAGAAUACACACAGGAGAGAAGCCUUACCACUGCUCCCAAUGUGGAAAGAGUUUCAACCAGAAAGCAAACCUGAAAGCUCACGAGAGAAUACACACAAGAGAGAAGCCUUACCACUGCUUCCAAUGUGGAAUGUGUUUCAACCAGAGAGGACACCUGAAACGGCAUGAGAGAAUACACACAGGAGAGAAGCCUUACCACUGCUCCCAAUGUGGAAAGUGUUUCAACCGGUUGAGGGUGCUGAAACAACAUGAGAGAAUACACAGAGGAGAGAAGCCUUACCACUGCUCCCAAUGUGGAAAAUGUUUCAUCCAUUCAGGGGAUCUGAAACAACAUGAGAGAAUACACACAGGAGAGAAGCCUUACCACUGCUCCCAGUGUGGAAAGUGUUUUAACCAGAGAGGACACCUGAAACGGCAUGAGAGAAUACACACAGGAGAGAAGCCUUACCACUGCUCCCAAUGUGGAAAGUGUUUCUCCCGGUCGGGGACGCUGAAAGAACAUGAGAGAAUACACACAGGAGAGAAGCCUUACCACUCCUCCCAAUGUGGAAAGUGUUUCAACCGGUAGGAGGAGCUGAAACAACAUGAGAGAAUACACACAGGAGAGAAGCCUUACCACUGCUCCCAAUGUGGAAAGUGUUUCAACCGGUCGGGGGAGCUGAAACAACAUGAGAGAAUACACACAGGAGAGAAGCCUUACCACUGCUCCCAAUGUGGAAAGUGUUUCAACCAGAGAGGAAACCUGAAAAAGCAUGAGAAAAUGCACACAGGGGAGAAGCCUUACCACUGCUCCCAGUGUGGAAAGAGUUUUCACCAGAAAGCACACCUGAAAGCUCAUGAGAGAAUACACACAGGAGAGAAGCCUUACCACUGCUCCCAAUGUGGAAAGUGUUUCAACCAGUCGGGGGAGCUGAAACAACAUGAGAGAAUACACACAGGAGAGAAGCCUUACCACUGCUCCCAAUGUGGAAAGUGUUUCAACCAGAGAGUAAACCUGAAACAACAUGAGAGAAUACACACAGGAGAGAAGCCUUACCACUGCUCCCAGUGUGGAAAGAGUUUCAAUCGGAAAGCAAACCUGAAAGCUCAUGAGAGAAUACACACAGGAGAGAAGCCUUACCACUGCUCCCAAUGUGGAAAGUGUUUCAACCAGUCGGGGGAGCUGAAACUACAUGAGAGAAUACACACAGGAGAGAAGCCUUACCACUGCUCCCAUUGUGGAAAGUGUUUCGUCCAUUUGGAGGUGCUGAAACAGCAUGAGAGAAUACACACAGGGGAGAAGCCUUACCACUGCUACCAGUGUGGAAAGGGUUUCAACCAGAGAGGAAACCUGAAACUGCAUGAGAGAAUACACACAGGAGAGAAGCCUUACCACUGCUCCCAAUGUGGAAAGCGUUUCGUCCGUUCGGUGGAGCUGAAACAACACGAGAGAAUACACACAGGAGAGAAGCCUUACCACUGCUCCCAGUGUGGAAAGAGUUUCAGCCGGAAAGCAUUCCUGAACCAACACGAGAGAAUACACACAGGGGAGAAGCCUUACCACUGCUCCCAGUGUGGAAAGCGUUUCAACCAUUCAGGGAAGCUGAAUCGGCAUGAGAGAAUACACACAGGAGAGAAGCCUUACCACUGCUCCCAAUGUGGAAAGUGUUUCAACCAGUCGGGGGAGCUGAAACAACACGAGAGAAUACACACGGGAGAGAAGCCUUACCACUGCUCCCAGUGUGGAAAGCGUUUCAACCAUUCAGGAAAGCUGAAACGGCAUGAGAGAAUACACACAGGAGAGAAGCCUUACCACUGCUCCCAAUGUGGAAAGUUCUUCAGCCAGAUAGGAUACCUGAAACAACAUGAGAGAAUACACACAGGGGAAAAGCCUUACCACUGCUCCCAGUGUGGAAAGUGUUUCAACAAUUCAGGGACGCUGAAACGACAUGAGAGAAUACACACAGGGCAGAAGCCUUACCACUCCCAUCCUGAUGCUGACGAGACAGAGAAGAGUCUCUCCAGAUCAGAACACCAGAUGGACAAUGCUAGCCCUUCCGCCCUCCCGGAGUCCCUCUAUCGUGCCUCUCCCGGUAGCACCUUACUACUGGGUAUGAAGAGGUUGUCUGUGCUGCUGGUGGACUGCAGGAAAACAACAGGGCUGAGUGGAACUGUGAGAGGAGGAGAAGAGAAGAAAGGAUCAGAUUUGACUCAUCAAAGAGGAAAACCAAACUUGGAGGAACCAAAGACAACAUCAAGACAACACCUCUGCUCCCAGAUCAAGUUAGGAAGCCUGAAAAGACCUGAGAGGACACACACAGGAGAGAAGCCAUACCAUUGCGGCCAGUGUGGAAAGAGUUUUAGCCUGUUAGGAAGCCUGAAAGCUCAUGAGCGAAUACACUCAGGAGAGAAGCUAUACCAUUGUGGCCAGUGUGGAAAUAGUUUUAGCCAGUUAGGAAACAUGAAAAGACAUGGGAGGAUACACACAGGGGAGAAGCCAUACCACUGCUCCCAUUGCGGAAAGAGUUUUAACCAUUUACUUAACAUGAAAAGACAUGAGAGGAUACACACAGGAGUGAAGCCUCACCAUUGCUCCCAGUGUGGAAAGAGUUUUACGCAGUUAGGUAUCCUCAAAGAUCAUUUGCGAAUACACACAGGGGAGAAGCCUUACUACUGCUCCCAUUGUGGAAAGAGUUUUAACCAUUUACUUAACAUGAAAAGACAUGAGAGGAUACACACAGGAGUGAAGCCUCACCAUUGCUCCCAGUGUGGAAAGAGUUUUAUGCGGUUUGGUAUCCUCAAAGAUCAUUUGCGAAUACACACAGGGGAGAAGCCUUUCCUUUGCGCUCAGUGUGGAAAGAGUUUUAGCCAGUCAGGAAACCUGAAAGUGCAUGAGCGAAUUCACACAGGGAAGAAAUCUUACCACUGAUCCCAGCGUGCAAUGCGUUUUUACCCAAUUAGGACACCUGAAAGAAGACAUGAGACCGCAC